AUGCAGAAAAAUACUACCCCCACACCCGACAUAUCAACAGCUGCCGCCUCCUCAAAAGGAAAGGACAAGGCACCGGCUCAGCCUAGAGGAGUAAUAAAUUGUAUCUCCGGGGGCUACGCUGGAGGAGGACACACAAGCUCAGCCCGAAAACGCACUUACAGAGCCAUGCUAGCAAUAACGGAUGCCCCAAGCCAUCCUCGGCCACUGACGAAUAUUUCAGAAGUAACUUUCAGAUCAACCGACUUUAAUGGUGUCGAUACCAACCUGGACGACCCUGUUGUCAUCUCGAUUCAGCUGGGAGAUCUGAUAGUGAGGAAAGUUUUAUUCGACCCAGGAAGCAGUGCAGAUGUCUUAUUUUUCACCACCUUCCAAAAAAUGAAGCUGAGCAACAAUAUUAUGCAGCCGUACAUGGGAGACCUGGUUGGAUUUUCAGGAGAACGAGUUCCUGUACUGGGAUCAGUGUGGUUACAAACCACACUUGGUGAGCAACCAUUACAUAACACACAGGAUAUUCAGUAUCUCGUAGUCGACUGUUUUAGCCCCUAUAAUGUCAUUUUAGGCAGACCCUUUUUAAAUAAAUUUGCUGCAAUCGUAUCUACUGUUCACCUUUGUGUGAAGUUUCCUGUGCAGGACAAUGUUAUAGCUACAGUUCAUGGAGAUCUCCAGGAAGCACGGCAAUGCUACAACACGAGCUUAAAGCCAUUCAAAAAAGUCGGACAAUCACAUGUCAAUUCCAUAAAGUCCGAACAGAUAACAAUAUCCGAACUUGACCCCCGUGCUGACUUCGAAGAUCGACCUACGCCAAACGAGGAGUUAGCAAAGAUUACUCUAAAUGACGAUCCACUAAAAUUUACUUUUGUAGGUACUUCCAUGAGUACAAAAGACAGGAAAAGCCUCAUAAGUUUUCUGCAGGAGAAUGCCGACCUAUUUGCAUGGACCUCCGCUGAUAUGCCGGGAAUAGAUCCGUCUGUUAUAACACACAAGUUGGCCCUAAAUCCAACAGCUCGGCCAAUCUCCCAGAAAAAAAGAAACCUCGGCACUGAAAAACGACAAGCAUCAAUCGCCGAGGUGCAAAAGCUCAUUAACGCCAACUUCAUCAGAGAAAUCAGAUUUACAACAUGGCUGGCCAAUGUGGUUAUGGUAAGAAAAAGUAAUGGUAAGUGGCGCAUGUGCGUCGAUUUUACUGAUUUAAAUAAAGCGUGCCCCAAGGAUGCUUACCCUCUGCCUUGUAUUGAUACCCUGGUUGACAACUCUUGUGGCUACGGUACUUUAAGCUUUAUGGACGCAUAUUCUGGCUAUAACCAGAUUCUUAUGCACUCAAUAGACCAGGAAAAAACGGCUUUCAUAACUGAGAAUUGUAAUUACUGCUAUAAUGUUAUGCCUUUUGGUCUAAAGAAUGCAGGGGCAACAUAUCAACGGCUGAUGAAUAAGAUCUUCCAGCAUCAAAUAGGCCGAAACAUAGAGGUCUACGUUGAUGAUAUGGUAGCCAAAACAAAGCUCGGCGACUCCCAUAUCCAGGACCUAGCCGAAAUCUUCGGACAAAUCUGA